AGAAGUGCAGUGAAUUGUCUAAGCAAUUGCUCUACACUCGUCUUGCUAGCAUUCCCGGGCGCUACGAAACAUUUUGGAAAGAAGUAGACUAUGCAAAGAACUUAUUGAAGAACAGAGCGAAUCUGAAGGUGGAAGAUGCAGGAAUCGCUGCAUUGUUUGGCUUAGAAUGCUUUGCUUGGUUUUGCGCAGCGAAGAAGACAACAACGAUUUACCCUAAAAUCCACAAAACAUCUACGAGACGACGACGAAGAUGAUUCGCACUUCUUUGAUGCGUUUCGCCGCAGCUUUCUUCGUCAUUGUCUUCGUCGUCCUCGUCGAUGUCGUUCGCAGCGAGGAGUGUACAAGAAAAUGCAUUGCACAGAAUUGUGACACUCUUUCUAUUCGAUAUGGAAAGUAUUGUGGGAUUGGACAUUCUGGAUGUCCUGGUGAGGAGCCUUGUGAUGAUCUUGAUGCUUGUUGUAUGGUCCAUGACAGUUGUGUUGAGUUACACGGUAUGACUAACAUAAGCUGUCAUAAGAAGUUCCAGCGAUGCGUAAACAGGCUAAGCAAAGCGAUAAAACAGUCUAAAAACAAAAAGGUCGGCUUUUCCACAAAGUGCCCUUAUUCAGUAGUCAUACCUACGGUGAAUCAAGGAAUGGAUAUCGGCAUCUUAUUCAGUCAAUUAGAUUUGAAACUAGGGUUUGGUGAGUCGUCUUCUGUCUCCAUCAUCUCAGCCUCAGCUAUGAUUUUAUCGACGAGUAAGGUUGAAGAAGAAGUAGGGUUUUGCGUCACGGGAUCAGCGCCAAUAAACUGCCCUAUUGAUCUGAAAGAAGCUGUCACAAGUGUCUUGUUUGCUUCACAGAGGUUAUCAGAUGUUCCAGAGCUCUCAGAGAUCUUUAAGCAAUUCACAACCAAGUAUGGGAAGGAUUUUUCUACGGCGGCUAUUGAGUUGCGUCCUGAUUCUGGUGUUAGUCGCCUGAGUGGAGCAAACUCGUUUCAGCCAGCGAGUAGUAUGAACAUGGAUUCAUCUAUAAACUCAAACAAGGAACAGCCUCCAAACGUCCAAGCUCCAGCUACUGUCAAUGCUUAUCAUGGAUCAAGUGAAAGAAAUCAUAACUCUUAUGCAAAUGGGGGAAGAUCUUCAAGCCGUAGCAACAAUGUUACUUCUGGGAAUGCUUAUGACUACUAUCAUUCAAAUGCGAGACCUUCUCGAUCUAGGCCUGAUGAAGGAGAAUGUAGAAAUCCAAAUCAUGGCUAUGCAAAUUCAUCUUCAAGAACUAAGAAUAAGCGGGAAACAGAAUUUGUUAGUUCCACAGAUGCUGCUGAAGCUGCCGCUGAAGCUGCUGAAAGAGCAAGUUUCGCUGCUAGAGCAGCUGCCGAACUUUCGAACAAAGAAAGGAUGAUGAGGCAGGAUUCAACAGAGUCGCAUAUAUCUUCAGCAUCUGUAAAUCUCAGAAACGAGCCUUCACAUCGACGUAACCGAUCGAAUGCACAAAGUGAAAGUUAUUCUGAAGAUCAUUUUUCGCCUAGACGAAAUGUUGGGAUGCAGUAUAAAGAUAUGGACAGAACCCGGCAAGAUAGAUAUGAUAGGGCAGAGGAAUCUGAGAUUCCUCCUGUAGAUCAGCCAUCAGGAAGACAUUCCCUGGAUAACUCUAGAAAUAGUGGUUCCUUUGGUAAAAAAGGUAGAGAGAAGCAGCCAAGCCAGGAUGAGCCGGAUUUAAAUGUUGGUUACUCAGAAGAUGUUCACCUCAGGAAGCAGUCAAGCCGGGCUUCAUCACAUUCACAUUCAAGCAAUUAUUCUGAGGAGAAUGACCUUGGCUCAGAUUAUAUGAAGUCACCGAGCAUCGUGGAGGAAAACAUAUUUGCCACUGAAUAUGAUCACCAAUCUCAGAGCAGCUUUAAAGAUAUAGAUUCCCAUGAUCAUAGACAUGAUGAUGAUGCUGCAGCUGCUGAUACUUAUGAUGACUAUAGUUCAUUUUUUGAUCAACCUAAAUUUGAUGCGGAUGAUAAUCAUUAUCAAGAUGAAAUUGAUCAUGGUGUAGGAUUCUCAUUGCUUGGCAGCAAAACAUCUGCUUCAGCGGCUUCGUGGAGCUUCAAAGGAGAUCUUAGUAAGUCCUCAUAUGGAAAACACAGCAGUUCGAGCUCACAAGUUUUCCAAGAGAACCCAAGUUCCCCAUUAUUUGAUGAUGUCUCUACAAGUCCUCCGGCAUCUUACCACGAGCCUGACCCACAUGCCAAGUUUGACAAUUAUGGUCCAAAUUCAGAAAGCGACGGCGAUCAGCCAAGACAUAGAGGCAAAGUUUCUGGAGAUGUACAUGAGAAGGGGAUUCUGACAUCUGAUCGAUCUCAGAAAUUUAAAGUCUCUGAUUCUGACGGACAUGAAUUUUUCCCUUUAGACAGAGAGGAACACAAAGAUAAUUUGAGGACACAGGAAGAAUCAGAUUCAGAGUCAGAGCCUCAUCUUGGUCUGAGGCUUGGAAAUUUGGGCGGUGGAUUUAGGAACAAAAAGACACUCCCACCCUACACAAUGAGUUUGGCAUCGUCCAAGUCUGAAAAGGAAUAUAUCCAAACCGAUGAUUUUGGUCAGUCUAGCAGAAAAGAUCUUUACAGUAAGAAAGCAAGCAACACCGAGAUGAGACCUAGUUUUAUGCCUCCUCAUCCAUCUUCUAGUGAUGAAGACGACUCAGACAUGCAACUUCCAGUAAGAACAAAAACAAAAUCUGAUUCCUUAUUUAGUCAUGCUCGUGUCAACCUUGAAGACUCGGAUGAAGAAAAACUCUCAACUCGAUCUUCUUCAAGAAGUCAAGAGAGGAGUCGUAAGCCAUCAACGGGAAUGAGAGAUCACAAGAGAACAAACUUCAAGAUGCCAGUUUCAUCAUCGUCUGAAGAUGAGGAAGAAGUCGAAAGAGAGGCUGCACGCAUCAAUGCCAAGCCAAAUAAAACAACCGGGUACGGAUUCUCUCUAAGGACAAAGGGCCAAACGAAAGCUUAUGAGAAACAUUCUUUACCAGUGACAACGAAGAAAACCGACAAAGAGUCUCAUGAUCAGCCAUCUCCAAGGCACAAGACAGUAACUUCGAGCCCUGUUCCACAAACUGUAAAAUCACCCGAUCCAGAAACCCCAUCAAGGGAGAGAGCUAGUCACGUUCAUCCCAACCUCCCAGAAUAUGACGAUAUCUUUGCGAGGCUCGGGGCCCUUCGUGCUCCUAAUCGACGCUGAGUAUGCUCAUCUUGUCCGUCUGUUCAUACAUUUAUUCUUUGCCACAGAGACCAGUCCCCCUGAUUCUUUACGCUGACUGAAUUUGAUAUUCUUACACAUUAUACAUAUUGAAGCAGUGGUGUGAUUCUGCUAGGUCGUGAUUGGUGUUCCUUGUCUAUUUUAUUUUUUGGUGUGGAUACAUAGAAUAGGAAAUAACUAUUUGCGAAGAUAAAGAUUUUAUAAUAACAUUCGAAAUGUUGU